AUGGCUCUCGCUCUCCAUAAACUGUACAAUCAAAAAAGCCGGACAAGUAACCCUGACAGAAAAGGAAGGCAACAAUCCCAUUUUAAACAAUGGCAGUUAAACGCUAUCAUACGGAACACGGUUUUUGAGAUGACUUCUGGAGAAAAGGUACACUUUAAAUACCCAUCAAAUCAUUAUGAAAUCCUGAAAUGGUUUUUCUUGGAAGAAAGAGAUGGCCGAACAGUAAAGGUUGGAAGCAUUGAUACAUCCAAACCCAUUGGAAAUAUGUUGUACAUCAAUGACAGUGCUGAUCUCUGGGGCCCUUACUUUACAAAGUUAGAAAAUACAAAUCAACACCAAGAAGCAUUAAACUUUUUCCAUUCCAGGUCUUCAUUCAGACUGUAUCGUUACCUGCUGGUUUUCAUUUAUACAAUUGGAGAGAUCAACAAGGACCCGGAGAUCUUGCCUAAUGUGACUUUGGGCUAUCAUAUAUUUGAUUCCUGUGACAAUGCUGAAAGGUCACUGGAAGGCACAUUUAGUAUUCUAUCAGGGACACAACAACUAAUCCCAAAUUACAGCUGCUGGAAUAACAGAAAGGUUGUGGGGUUUAUAGGAGACGUGUCUUCUGUUUCUUCUUUGAGUAUGGCGUCACUCAUAGGGAUUUACAGGUACCCUCAGAUCAGUUAUGGCUCCAGGGAUCCCAUGUUGAGUAACAGAAUCCAGUUUCCUUCUUUCUACAGAACUAUCCCUGAUGAAUUAUCUGAAAUUUAUGGGAUUGUGAAACUGAUAAAGUAUUUUGGCUGGAGAUGGGUUGGGCUCAUUGUAUCUGAUGAUGAGGAUGGGCUUAGGGCAGGCAAAAAUCUGGAGAAAGAAUUAAAGAAAGAUGGCAUCUGUUUGGCCUUCUUCAUUAGAAUUGAAUUUGACUCAAUGGCUUCUAGAGGUUCCAAUAAGAUAAAAGAGACAUUAUUCAGUAGCACAGCUAAUGUGAUAGUUCUUUUAUUAAAUGCUGUAAUACACAACAGAGAUUUUGAAAUGACUCCUGGUCAAAAGGAACACUUUAAAGGCAAAACAGACUCUUCAACCCAAUAUGAAAUUCUGAAGUGUUUUUUCUCAGAGGAAGAAAGUGUCAGAACAGUAAAGGUUGGAAGCUUUGAUACAUCCAAAUCUGUUGGGAAUCAGUUAUACAUCAAUAUCAGUGCUGAUCUCUGGGGUCCUUACUUUACAGAGUUACCUCAAUCUCAGUGCAAUGAGCCCUGCGGACCAGGAUUCAGAAAAUCAAAAAUUGAAAGGAAACCACUUUGCUGCUAUAAAUGUGUGCCAUGUGCAGAAGGUGAAAUAUCUAACACAACAGAUGUGCAGAGCUGUAUAAUAUGCCCAGAAUACGAAAAGUCUAACAAAGAGAAGAGUGGUUGCAUCCCAAAGAAAAUAAACUUCCUUUCCUAUGAAGACAUGGGUGAUACUUUAGCCUCCAUCUCUGUAAUAUGUUCUAUCACAUGUAUUUUAAUACUGGGAAUCUUUAUAAAGUACCGUGAGACUCCUAUAGUAAAAUCCAACAACCGGAAUCUCAGCUGUCUUCUCCUCAUCUCUCUCAUGCUGUGUUUCCUCUGCACUUUAUUAUUCAUUGGACGCCCAACACAGAUAUGUUGUCUCCUCAGACAAGUAACAUUUGGAACUGUAUUUACUAUUUCUGUUUCCUCCUUGUUGGCUAAAACUCUCACAGUUAUUAUUGCCUUCAAUGCCACAAAGCCUGGGAGCAAGCUGACAAAGUAUGUAGGAACCCAACUGUCCAUCAUAUUAGUCAUUGUAUGUUCUUUGGUAUUGUAUCUGUGUUUUGUAUGGUUGGCCUCCAAUCCUCCAUUCCCAGAGGCUGAUACCCUUUCUGAUCCAGACUAUAUUAUUCUACGGUGUAAUGAAGGGUCUGACUUUUUCUUCUUCUGUAUAAUUGGAUAUAUAGGAGCAUUGGCCCUUCUGAGUUUCAUUGCUGCAUUUCUAGCCAAGGAUUUCCCUGACCGAUUUAAUGAGGCUAAAAACAUCACUUUCAGUAUGUUGGUGUUCUGUAGUGUGUGGGUGACAUUUGUCCCUGCAUACCUGAGCAGUAAGGGGAGUAGAAUGGUGGCAGUUGAGAUAUUUGCCAUUUUAUCUUCCAGUGCUGGAUUAUUGAGCUGUAUAUUCAUCCCCAAGUGUUAUAUCAUAUUUCUAAGGCCUGAUCUAAACACAAAAGAUAAUCUUGUUAGAAAAAGACAAAUUUAA